CCAAUCGAUGAUGAAUUUUUGCGCAAAUGUUUUAUUGAACAUCUUAGAACUAGUCAAACUGAUACACCAAAACUUGAGGACUUCUUGUAUUAUGUUCAAAAUGCCUCGAAUAAUAGAAUUUUGUCUUGCCACAGAACAUCGAUCCAUAAAAUGUUCUUUACCCAAAUAAGAAUUAUAGCUUCACUCCAUGAACAAACGCCCGAUAUAAGAAAGUUGUAUGAAACCAUCUCGAUCUCUUUCGACAAAAAAUAUUUAAAAAAAAUCGCACAAAAUCAGAUUUAUGAUAAUUUAAUAAUCUAUUUUCAACCUCCAAUUGCAAUUGUAUUUGAAUUUGCUAUCGAAACUUAUUUGAAUAACAUUUUAGAUACUAAAUACCUUGACAUUACCCGCAGAGAAGAAGAUGAAGCUGACAACAAUAACGGUGGAUUCCGCUGGGAGCUCAAUUCAUGCGAUGAUUCGAAUCAACUUUAUGAGUUUGAAAGAGUUGUUAAUGAAAUGAUCAAAGACCGUCGAAAAUCUAUUUUGAAAUUAUCAAUCAAGGAUCGAAAACAAAAGAUAUUCGACAAAUGGAUCGAAAUCGAGAAAGCUUGUGAUCUUUUUCAAUUAACAUAUUUAACCAGCUAUAACAAAGAAUUUAUUGUAAAAGACAUUUUCGAUCCUUUUUAUUGCAUGACGAUAGAUCUUGUAAAAGAUUAUAACUUAUGGAGUUAUAUACUCGGUCAAAACUUGCAACAAAUUAAAGAUAAAUCGAAAGGGCUCUUUAAUUUUAUAACGCCUGAAGACAUAGUCGAAAUUAAUUUGGCAGCGAAAAAUUACUUCGAUAAUUUUGAUCCCCAAAAUAUUUCUUUUGAAAGUUCACCAGAUCAGGACAUUUCAAUUGAAUAUUCACUACCACACAUUGAUAUAUCCCUGAAAGGGAGCUAUAGCAACAGUACUAUAACAUCAAUUAAUGAAAUUUUACAAUCGUGUCCGGAGCACCCGACAUAUUGUUCGUAUGAACGUAAAAGUCAUUUUUUCGAAUCUCCGUUUGAGGAUAGAGAAAUAUUUGAUCCUCAAAUUUUCAAUCAGUAUUCACUUGAAAGCGGACAAUCCAGUUCUGAAUUAAAUAUAAAUGAUGAAAUACAAGACACGAUCAUCAUUAACAAUCAAAAGCCGAAGGCCUAUAAACGUUACUCUAAAAAUGGAAUGUCAACUGUGGUUGUGAAGGAUUUAAAAACACCUGAAAAAUAUGAGAAGGGAGUUAUUACGUCUAAAAAAAAAUAUCGCAAAAAAGUGGAUGUAGCUAUUUCUUACAGAGUUAUUAAAGGAACCAAUGAAAUUGGAGAACAAUUUGGAUAUUUCUACCCUUUAUUAGGAGAAGUGAAACUUCCGGGUAUCAAUGGCGAAGACGAUUAUAAAAAAAAUGUCCGUGCCCUGAAUGAUAAUUUUAACACAAUUAUCAAACAUUAUUCAAAAAAGGCAACUAGAAUUUCAAACAAAUUGCAGUCCCUAUUUGAUGAUAUUAAACUUGGUGGAAUACAUGCAUCAGAUCCGGAAAUGGGUCAAAUGAUUAAUCUUUUGUAUUGCAUCAAACAAGCGGUACGCAAAUUUAUUAAGGACAUGAAAGAUAUCGAAAAAGAAAUUGAAAAAAUUAAUCAAAGUUCAGAUGAGUUUAUUGAGGAGUCUGAUAAACCAGGAAAAUUUUUAAAAAAUAACAUUCUAAGUAUUCCCUCCUCACCAAAAUGA